GUUUGCCUUGUUAUUGACAGCAAAGGCUUACUGCGUCUACUUUUUCCAUGAAGCUAUAAUCUCAGGUUAAUAAAUUUGCUGCCUGUGUCACAAUGAGCAGGAUCACCUCUUUAUUGCGGAGGACUUUCGGAAUAGUGAAAGAGCACGUUGGGACCGACCAUUUUGGAAAUAAAUACUACUUUAUACCAGAACAGAAGACCUGGACGGGGCGGACCGUUCGGGCCAAGAGGCUGGUGGAGGCGGCCAAUCCCACAGAGUUUGAGUAUCUGGAAGGAAGUAUACCCUCAGAGUGGGAUGCAUGGAUUCGAGGCAGAAGAAAGGUGCCCCCUUCAGUUGAGGAGCUUCUGAAGAACGAGCAGUACAGGGAGCAGAUCAAGCACAAGGCCCAGGAGGUAGAGCAGAGGGACCUGGCCCUGCAGGCCAAGGAGUACGAGGAGGGGCUGGUGGCACGGCCCGCCCAGACGAUCGUCAAAGGACACGCCGCCACCACCCAGUUCGGCCAGACCGAGACGAGCGAGGACCCCGUCAGCACCGCCAGCACCUUUGUACCGGGGUCCUGGAUGCCCCCAGCGAAGGACACCCCCAAAACAUAAGACCUGGCAAUAGCAGCCCUGUAAAUACUGUAAUCACGGGCAAUAUGGAUCAACGAUGAUGAAGUGUGUGUGGCAGGCAGGGCCAAUGCUGUUCUGCAUUGUCAAGGUUCUUUGAAAAGAGCAGCCAGUUUUGUGUAAAUUGUUUGAAUUUUCAGCUAAUCCAACGGGAUCAGGAACAUGGAUAGUGAAUUUACAUGUGAACCCCUGCAGUUGCGUACUGAAUUCAAGCGUAAGAGUAUUAUAUUAUUGCAAUGCCUCCUUUUAUUUUAUUUUA